UGUAAAUCCUUCAAAGAACUGAAUAUAUAAUAAUUUUAUUCCAAAUGUUUAUUUACCUACAUUAAGCUUCAGUGCACCACUGGUGCAAAGGUAAUCCACAACGGGAUGAUGAGAUUUCAGGUAAAAGAAGUCUACUUUAAGGAACCUUUGUGUGUAUUUCUCUUUGUGUCUGCUACACACACACACAAACACACACACACACCCUCAUGCAGCUCCGUUAUUGUUCUCUGGUUGCUAAGUUACACCAGGGGGCAAAACAGGCUGUUUUUAUUUGACCGUAUUGUGCCUGAUGCAACUUUUUGUGGUUUCUCUGCUCACCCCUGCUUCACAAUGAGUCAAGACUAUCACAGACAUGAUGCAAACACCCGGCUCGCCAGGCAAAUCAACUGAGAUGGAGAAAAAAACAAAUCCUGGAGACGUCUGGAGAGAACUGACCCAAAUCUAGAGUUACUGCACGAGAGCAAAUAUGGAGCCAAACUCUAGCAGGGAAACCUCAUCAGACAUUCUCACAAUCCUCACAUAUGAUGGGAGGACUGUCACCAGAAUCAACGUUGCCACACAAACAAGCAGCAGAUAUGGAGACCCCGGCUUUGUGCCAAAAUAUGCUUUGCCUAAGAAGAAAGAAGAUUAUGACAGUUCAGAGCAGAGAGCUGACGAUGAGAGUGAGUUGAAGAUAUCCCCAGAUAAUGAAAUGUUGGAUUUGCACAGCAAGGGAACUCCCCACUCUCCUACAGCCUGCCAAGAAGGAACAGUAGAGACCUUAACUAAUCUUGACAAGGGAGAGUCAGAUGGAGAGUCAGAAAAAGAGGAAGAUCAAAGGUCAGUACACACCCCCCAGGAGCAUGAGCUGCAGUCAAAAGAGGAUUCAAAUGAAGCAGGACAAGUAGAAGUUUAUGACACCUCAAGUGAUUUUUCGGAUUACGAUUGGUUCACCACAGAAAUGGUGACAUUGGAGGAUGAAACAGAAAUAAGCUACAACAGCAUCUUCUCUUUCAAUGUGAGGAAGGAGAGACUAAAGGAGUUGCCGCUUGUCAGACGCUACAAAAAUGGCAAAAUAUUCAUUUUGGUCUUUCAAGAUGGAACUGGACAUGUGUGCUAUCCAUCGGGAAGACUUGCCAUCCUCGUGGCAACAUCGCAUUCAACCAACUCGUCUUGUGUGGUGGUUCUGGAGAAUGAAAUCGAUGAGCCACCGAUUAAGGCGCUUUUUACCAGCAGAGAGCAGACCUGCUUUCAUGAGAAUGGCAACAUUUGGGUUAAUCUUACUUCAAGAGGAGGUACGUUGUUCAGUGAGACGGGAGAUCUGAAGAAACACUGGAAGUGGCAGGAGAAUGAGCAACAUGUUCAUGCUCCCCCCUGCCAGCCCAUGCACCUCACCCUAAGCCCUUUCCUUAAAGUCCACAUCAAAUCCCAGGAAGAUAUCAGCAUCCUUUUCAACUCCAAUAAACACAGCGUGGAGGUCCACAAAGUGGCUAGUGUGAACACGAAACAUGUCAGAAAGAAAACAGCGUCAGUGGCUGAGUCGCUUCAGUCUUAUCUGAAGCAGAAGAGUCCAGAGAUCAAGGCGCUGCUCCAGAACAUCCAGUCCCUCGUCACCGAUCAAAGCAGCGCAACUCCGUCGAAGGUCAGCCCUCAUCCUGCAGAUGGAGAGGCAGCAGCUGCCAGUGAAACGGCAACACUCUGCCAAGAAGACCCCCCAUAG